AUGGCUCCAAGCUCGUCGAACUGUUCAGCUCUCAACCACCACGUAGAAACCAGUCAGACUGGAAUCUACGGGCAGGAAAUCCAAACACAGAUCCCAACUGGGAAGUGUUGCGCUGAAGAUCAUUACCUUCCCAUCACCUUAAGUCUUGCUCAACACACCGUCAAAAUGGCGGACGCUUUAUCUAUUGAGCAGAAUAACAAGAUCCGAGUGGCACUCGGCCUAAAGCCGCUCCCUGUUCCCGGCGCUGGCCCCGAAUUCAGAGAAGAUGACAGCGAAUCAGGCGAGGAGGAAGACCCAGCGAGCACCCUCGAGUCGCGACAGGCGCAAAGCUACGAAAACUGGAAGAAGCUCCAAGAUGCCGCCGAAGCGAAGAAGAAGCGGGAUGAAAAGAACGCCGCCGUCAAGCGAGCACGCGAUAUUGCCCAACGGAACCUUCAACUCCAAGGCGCCACACUGGGCGAGGCGGGAGGCGACGAAUUAGAUACGAAGGCCUGGCUAUCACAAGCUAAAAAGCGACAAAGGAAGAUCGAGAAGGAACGCGCCCUCAGGACAGCCGAGGAACUCGCAGAACGGGAGCGUGCCGCAGCGAUCGAAUACACUGCUGCUGAUUUGGCCGGUAUCAAAGUCGGACACUCUGCCGCUGAUUUUGACGAUGAAGAUCAGAUUUUAACACUGAAGGAUACCGCGGUGGACGCCGAGGAUGAAGAUGACGAGCUGGAGAAUAUCGAGAUGGCCGAGAGGGAAAAAACCCAAGAAAAGCUGGAGCUCAAGAAAAAGAAGCCCGUUUAUGAUCCUACCGCGGAAAACCAGGGGAUCCUUUCUCAAUACGACGAGGAGAUCGAUGGCAAAAAGCGAAAGAGAUUUACGCUUGAUGCGCAAGGCUCGACCGAGGAACGCGAAGCCAAGCGACAGGAAGUCUCCAACCAGCUGAAGAAGAACAUUAUCAGUCUCGACAUCGAACCAGAUGUGCCAUCAUCUGAUUACAUGGACAUCAGUGAAGUUAAGAUUAAAAAGCCUAAGAAGAAGAAGGCGAAGGCUACGAAGCGGAGGACUUUGAUGGACGCGGAUGACAUCGCUCCAAACGAGGACUCUAUCGAUGCACAAGGAUCAUCGGCCAUGGAGAUUGAUUCAAAGGCAGGGGUUCCGGUUCCUGGACGCCGUAAACCUGCCAACGAAGAGAUCUCCUUCGUUGACGACGAUGACCUACAGGCCUCUCUUGCGUUACAACGACGCGCAGCCUUUAAGAAGCGUAAGAAGCUCAGCCCCGAGGAACUUGCCAAGCAGCUGAGAGAAGAGGAAUCCCAAACCCCAAUGGAGAUUGAAAACUCGGAGAAUGAGGAUCAGGGAGAGGGUCUGGUCAUUGAUGAGACGUCUGAAUUUGUGUCGAAUCUACACAAGCCUACGCUUCUUGAGCAGGAGGAACGAUCAGCAUCAGUCGCCGCUAAGGAGCAUAAAGCCCCUACAGCAGAGCCUGAGGAAGAGGGUGUUGAGGUCGACAUGGACCGUUACGGCGACGUUGAAGAUGAAGAGGAGCUGGCUGCGCGCAUCAAGCGUGAUGAAGCAGUCGAAGCUCAGGCUCAAGCACAACAUCUCACGGGCACCGGUCUAGAAGAAGAAUCUACUCUGAACCAAGGUCUUGGGGCCACACUGGCAAUGCUGAAGUCCCGCGGCCUCGUCAAAGACACAGACAGUGCCAAACAGCACGCACUCAUGCGCGAGCGCGAAGAGUUCUUGGCCGAAAAAGCACACCGCGAGGCUGAGAUCGAGCGACGCGCCCGGUUGCAGCGUGAGCGGGACCGUACCUCCGGAAAGCUCGAGCGCAUGUCAGCCCGGGAACGGGAGGAGCACGCCCGCUGGGAGAACAAGCAGCGUGACCAACAGGAGGCGCGUCAUAUGGCCGAAGUGUUCAACCGCGAAUACAAGCCCGAUGUGCGACUGCGCUAUGUGGAUGAGUUUGGUCGCAACAUGAACCAGAAGGAAGCCUUCAAGCAACUCAGUCACCAGUUCCAUGGCAAGGGCAGUGGAAAGAUGAAGACGGAGAAACGUCUCAAGAAGAUUGAGGAAGAGAGGAAGCGUGAGGCCAUGAGCAGCGUCGACAGUAGCCAGCACACUGGUAUGAACAAUGUCGUGGGUGAUGCUGCGCGCAAGAACCGCCAGGCUGGUGUGCGCUUGGGCUGA